UGCUCAAGGCCAGCCUGAACUGCACGGCGAGACCCUGUCUCAAAAAGUCAAAAAAGACAGAAAAAAGGAAGCUCAGGUUCUUCUUUCCAUACAAAAGCUGCCUCUUCAGAGCUCAGCAGAGGCUCCCCUAUCAGUCUUCUGAAUUACACCUGAUGAUGAAGCAGACAUCUCAGGAUGAGCAGGCAGAGCCCAGUGACUCUUUAUGAGCUGGCUAAGCAGAGCCUGCUGAAGAGUGACACCAUAGCCAGCACUUCUCUGCAUGACCUGCCCACCAUGAUCUUCCAUGACUUAUUCAUCGAUGCCUUCAUGGGGGAACACAAUGAGGUGAUGAAGGUGAUGGUGCAGGCCUGGCCAUUCCCCUACCUCCCUUUUAGGAGCCUGAUGGAUUUGAGGAAACCAAAGACCCCAUACAUUCAGUAUGGAAAAAUCACACCAGACAUAAAAAACCUAGAGACCCUGGAAGCCCUAUUGGAUGGAAUUGACAUACAGCUGUCCCAGAAGGUUCACCACAACAGGUGGAAGCUGCAGGUGCUGGACUGGAGGGAUGUACACCACGACUUCUGGACUGCAGGGCCCAGAGCCAUGUGUACUGCUCACUCAGCAGAUGCCAGGAAUAAGGAAACAGAAAAGCUUAGUUUAACUGACAAGAAGCCAACCUUGAAAAUAUUUGCAAACCUUUCUUUUGAAGCCUGGAGUUCCUCUUGUGCCACAGAGGACAAAUUACAACUCUGCCUCUUAAACUGGGUCAGAAAGAGAAAAGCUUCAGUACACCUGUACUGUGAGAAGGUGAUGAUUCAAUCCAGUGCUGUCACUACAAUCCUGAAGCUUCUGCAAGCUGUGCAACUGGAAUCUGUCCACGUGCUGGAUGUGUUUAGUGCCUGGAGCCGGGAAAGCAUGAAAGCAUUUGUCCCUUACCUCAAGAAGAUGAAUAACCUUCACACAUUUCAUUUCAGCAGCCUGAGUCCAAAAUUGUUUAGUGAACCCGGGAAAAACAAAUGGUAUUCCAACAUCUAUGCCUUUCAUUUAGGACAGCUGCAAAGUCUCCAGGAGCUUCAUAUAGAUGAUGUCUUUUUCUUGCAUGGAACCCUGCAUAUGAUCUUCAGGAGCCAGACCCCCUUGGAGGUCCUCUCCUUGAGUUCAAGUCCACUGAAGGAAUCUGACCUGAAGCAUCUGUCCCAAUGUGCAAGCACAAGCCAGCUCAAGUCUCUGACUCUGAGGAGGAUUUCAAUGAAACCAUUCAAUCCUGAGAUUCUCCAGGCUCUGAUAGACAAAGUGGCCAGCACCCUGGAGACCCUGGUCCUAGAGCACUGUGACAUCACGGACUCCCAUCUCCUUGCCAUCUUGCCUGCCCUGAGCCGCUGCACUGGGCUCAAGACUUUCAGUUGCUAUGGGAACCACUUUUCCCUGGGUAUUCUUCAGGUCCUGCUGCAUCUAACUGCCGGACUGAGCCAGUUGUCUCAGGGGCUGUACCCUGCCCCACUAGAGAGCUAUGAGUCCAAUAUUCCAACAGAGUUUGUGCACCCUGAGCAGUUUGGUAAGGUCUGUGCUGAAUUAACACAGGUUCUGAAGGCCAUAAGACCAUCACUUAGGAUCCAGAUCUGUACCUACUCCUGUGAUUUGUGUAUGAUAUGUCAAUUCUGUAGACUCCAGCCCAGUGGGAACUGGGAAGUCACACAGGAGUAUCGUUAUCAAAGUAUCAUUAGAUGCUGCAAUUGUGUGCGUCCCCUUGGUGAACAUAUUUUUCAACUGUAGAUAACCCUUGAAGCCUCCUGCACUCACAGGCAGGUUUGUGGGAUACGAUGGAUCAUGUGGGCCUGAUACUCAUCCAUGUAUUAUUCCACUGAAUUUAUAGCUCAGUGUGAUUUUGAGAGGUUAAGUCUGUCAGAGGAGGUGGGUCACUGGGGUCCUGGCCAGGAAGAAUCCAUCUCCCUCCCCUGUAAAUCUAUCUUUGCUUCCAAUAUCCAGACCAUGAGCUGUUUCUCCACUGUCAUGUACCUCUGCCAUGUUGGCCUAUGAACUGAAUUGUAACACAAAAUAACAUUUUCUUUUUAAAAUUGUGAGUGUUAGAUAUUUUGUACCAGUGACAAGGGAAACACUGAAGAUAUGUAUAUGUCUGAAGUUAGAUCUAUUUGGCUGAUCGUCAAAUGGUCACCAAGGAAACCUUGCCAGGAAUGGAAGAACAUGUCCAUACUCCCAGUACGUUGGAUGCUGAGGCAGGCAGAUCACCUCCAGCUUGAGGCCAGCCUUAGCUACAUAGUGAUACCCUAUA